AUGUCCCGUGAUCGUGACUACGAAUGGAGAAAGUAUUUUACAUGUCCUCGCUGCUUCAGUAAGAACGCGCGAGUUGUUAUCAUUCUAGCGAAGAAAGAUUCACCGAGUACACCUCCUUCUUGGUUGCCAGAAGAUUUUGUUUAUCCCGAAGAUAGUUGCGAUCCGGCAGUAGGACUAGUCUGUGAAGACAAUCACUUAUUUUUAUCCAAAGAACCGUAUUUUGCCCGUGCGAAGGAAAGCAAUUCGAAGGGAAAUGCUGGCCGUUUCUAUAUCUUGUGCUAUUGUUGGGAGUUCGAGGAAGGUAGCGAUGACUACUCAACCAUAUUUUUAACAUUCGUCGAUGAAGCAGUACGAAUUAUGGUUAAGUAUUGUGAAGCGGAUCCCAUAAAUGAGUUUGUCAGAAGCAUGCUGCGCAACGACUACAAGAGCGAGGUAUCCCGAUCGAAUUUCGUCGAUAGCUCGAUUGGGUCGAGUGUCAGCUCAAAAUGGGCAACGAAUAGCGAAUUUACAAGUGUGUCUAAACAGCGACCAAGAAAUUUCAAACAUUCGCCACGAAGCUCUGGAGAUCGCUCUCAAAGAGAAGCUCUCGAAAGCUGGUUAGAGGACAACAACAACAUCGCCAUUAACGACAUCAGUGCUGAACGUCCACUUCGAGACACCGAUUCCCGAAGCAGCUUUACUUGCUACUCGGAUCUUGAAGAACCUGCUUUGUCAGAGGAAUCUGAUAACGAUUCCGAAAGCGAGUCGGACCCCAUUGCUAUUGUUACGAACAGGUAA